AUGUCACCCUGUGUCACUAUUUCGUUGUUCCCGUAUGGGAACCCAAUACACACUGCAGUUGCCGUCAAAUAUGCAUUGCUGAUUGUCAAGUGCCUCCGGUAUGACAGACUGCUACAGUCCACGGCCCUAUUCGUUCUGAGCGAUCUCUCAUCCAGUUUAGACUGGGCAGUCAUGGUUGCGAAUGAGGUGCCAGCGGCGACUCGUUUGACCUUCGUCUCACUUACGAGUUGUGAUGCCAGUUACCGUGUAGAGAACCUCACACAAUCCACUCAUCUUCGACAGCUGGAGGAGAAACAUGAAAUGUUGAACCUCAUCGAGUCAUCCAUUUUUCCUGACCUCAGAAGCCAAUCCUUCCAUUCCGGUAAACAGCUCACACUAGUCACGCAUCAUCACGAAGGAGAUCAUGCGAUUAAGGCUCCCGAUGGCACCACGCUAGAGCAUUUCCUAUCCUAG